CAAAAUUUUUAUUGUUUAUUUUACGUGUAUUAAUAAUUAUAUAAAAAAUAAUUAUUAUUGCUCUAGUUUCAUAAAAAAAACAUACAACUUAAAAAAAAAUCAUAUAAAUGUGGUGCUAUAUACUUGUUGUGUUUAUGUACAGACGUAAAUUUGAUAUCUUGUUAGAUUUCCAUCCAAAUAUUUUCCAAACAUAUAUACAAAAAUUUAACAAGAACUGUGAUGAUGUGCUUUAAUUUGUGUUUCAUAUCAUAUAAUUAAAUUAAUGUGAAUCAGUAUGUGAAGCAAAAUCGUGUUAUUUGUGAUGAGUGGUAAAUUACGGCGUUCGGAAUUUACACACGAAAUGGCGGGAAUUGCAAAUGAACAAAUAUAGAGGUGGUGUAUGAAACUACUGAAGAAAUGACAGUGGGAGAUGAUGUCAUACUAUUCCUGGAGUCAUAUAAUCGAAGGACAAUUAUGCAAUAUGGAGGUUAUCAAUAUCACAAAGGUCAUAAAACGAAGCUCGGCGUUCGCUGGAAAUGUAUUACGAAAAACUGCAUGGGAUUCGUUUUUCUGAACGAUUACAAUGAGAUCAUUACGACGUCUGUCUCUCAUAAUCAUGAUCCGUCGCCUUCUUCGGAACCACACUUAGACUCUGAUGAUAAUGACACCGCUAUAGUAAUAACAUCACGCAAAGGUAAGGAAAUGUUAUUAUUCCGCAACUACACGUACCGAAGGCAGUACGAUAAAGCUAACAAGACACGCUGGGUCUGCUCCACACAGAAGAACUGCCGAGCGGUGGUCUUCACGGACAGCUCUAACGUAAUAACCUCCGUGUUUGAGGAACAUGAGCAUGAUCCUCCGAAGUAUUACUUGAAUCACAAUCAUGUUAUGGAUGCGUUGAGGGACCCGAUCUUAUUUGAGUCUUUAGGAGAUUAGCAUGAAAUUUUAGAAAUGGGGGGUUAUCUAGGCAAGUUUUAGAUUAUUUAUCACAAUAUCUUAAACAGAUUUCGACCUUUGUUUUGUGUAGGUAAUUUAAGAGAGGUGUAGUAAAUGAAAAAGUAAGAUGUACCUGUGCAUUAUAAUAUGUGCUUUUAUAGAACUAUUUUGAUGUUUGUUGAAAAGUAAUUUUCGUGAUAUCCAACUGCGCUGUCCUAGGGUUUGUGAAUAAAUAAAAAUGAUUCUAUCCUUUAUCAAAACUUAUGUAGUGAGACCCAGUGCAUCAAUUUUUUUUUAUAAUUUUCACGCAGUCUCAUAGUCUUAUUCGUAUAAGAUGAAAUGUAUAGGUGUUAAUGAUAUGCCUAAAUAUGAUUUACGUAUGCAAAAAAGACAAUUAAUGUUAACAAUAACAAUUGUCCAUAUUGUAAGCUUGAUCACUUUUCAAAGCCAAAAAAAAGCUUUGUAGUUAAAUUACCCUCAGUGAAUGUGUAUUUCAAAUUUAAAUCUAUUUUAAGGAGUUGAUGUAAUAAAUUAUUUUUUAUUAUAUAAUACAAUAAAAAUAAAUGAUUAAAAAGUA